UUGGACCACUUUUGGUAGGUACUAACCACCGUAUACCAGGAAUACCCCACAAGACCUGUCAUUUUGGAGAUGUUCUGACCCAAUAGUCUAGCCAUCACAAUUUGGCCCUUGUGAAAGUCGCUCAGAUCCUUAACGCUUACCCAGUUUUCCUGCUUCCAACACAUCACCUGGCUGUUCACUUGCUGUCUAAAAUAUCCCACCCUUGGGCAGGUGCCAUAAUGAGAUCAUCGAUAUGAUGCACUUCACCUGUCAGCGGUUUGAACGUUGUGGCUGGUUGGUGUAAAUGAUAGUAGUUACAGAAUAAACAGAGAACAAAGAUGCACCAAAAAGGAAUGCAGACACAGGGAACCUUGGGUAAAACGUAACAAUCAUGGCAAUGUGUUGUAUGUUAGUUGGACAUGCAAGUUAAGAAUUUCCUGGUACUCUGAACACAUGACAAUACCAUUACUCCCAUUACUAAGAUAUGAAGAGAAGCAGCCCCGGUUGUGAGUGUAUGGUAAGGUUUGGUUGCACUGUGGCUGGAUGGGGAUCAGGUCGGUGGUGAACUUUUGGGCUGGCGGGGGGUUAAGCUACCUCGACAGUCAUUGCAUCCUGUGCUGUGCCCCUAAAGCUUUUAAAAUUGUUGGGCUGAAUGGCCUGUUCUUGUCACAGAUUUUCUAAUGUUCUAAAUCAGUCCGUUAGAGAAAUGUGGAAAAUGCACUAGAAAAGAAAGAAAAAAAAACAAAAAAAACGAGUACGUCUCCUAUAAACAACAAGUUUACACAAGAAAUCCAUCUGAUCCGACUUGCAUGUCACUUGCCAAUGAAACAUGAAGUUUCAGGGCCCCCACAAGGGAAGGGUGUUGUUUAGCUCUGGAGUUCACUUCUGUUCUAAACACACACACACACACACACACACACACAUGCACACCCACACACCGCCAGCUGUAAAUGGCUGCACAUUCUGCCAUUGGUACCUAAAGACGUUGGGUAACUUCAGAGGCACGUGGAUUCACAUGUGGUGCAAGAAGAGCUCUGUUCUCGAUUUUCUUAUUUAAAAACCAGGAAAGCCCAGCAACUGGAUGAAAAAAAAAGCCUUUAUGUUAAUUCCAGGAAGCCCUCCCAGGACUCUGUGUGUGUGUGUGAGUUCCUUUGAGUCACGCAUUGUGUCUGUGUGUCUGCAUGUGCCUAUGCACGUGUGUCUCUGCUCUUUCAUUUGUGUAGCUCUAUCACUCUGUGUGUGUGUGUGUGUGUGUGUGGCACCUUUGGAUGUGACUUUUAUUUUGUGUGAUCCAGUGUGUGCACCUCUAAAUACAGUAUGUGUUUGUGCACACUUACGAAGACUCUGAGGUUUAGCGUUCCUCUGACGCCUGCGGGUGUGAGACUAAGUCCACCUUGUGAGGCCACAGCCUUGUCACUGUUUUGUCAUUUCCAUAUUACGUCACUGUGUCCUCUGCAUGCUCUGCUCCCUGUGGGACUGGUUGCCUUUUGUGCAUUUCUCUGUGCACACGCGCCGUCUUCUGUCCCCGAGUGUAUGUAGUUUGUGAAUGACUGCGUAUUGCUGCUGUGUCCGUUACGCUGCCCCCCAGGCUUCCUCUCCAGGACAAACGGCAUUGCAGGCGGCCGUGCUCUUCCUGCCACCUCCCUCCCUCCCUUCCUCUCAUGCUCUUUCUUUCUCUCUCUCUCUCUCUCUCCCCCUCCCUCUGCCUUUCCGAUCUGAGCGCACAUCUAAGGAGCAACUCUCUUCACGGACCUUUGCACGACUUUCUGCUCUUCUCAGUUUGACAGACCAGAAUUCCCAGGAUUUUGGAAUAAGCGUGGAGGUGCGGCGACAGACAAGCCUGCCUUGUCGGAUGAGUGAGAUGGACAAGCCAUUGGCUCUGGAGGCCACAGACCUCAUGACACACCAAACACAGAGGCCGGAUCCAUAUCCAGAAAUGGAAACCAAACCCGAGUCUAACAACUCACCAGAAACCCUUAUCUCGAGGAACCAAGAGCCAUUUGGCUAUGUUGGUAUUGAAUCAGUACUGGACCAGAUGCGGCGCAAAGCAAUGAAGACGGGCUUUGAAUUUAAUAUCAUGGUUGUUGGUCAGAGUGGUCUUGGAAAAUCAACACUGGUCAAUACAUUAUUUAAAUCAAGAGUAAGCCGCAAGUCCUGCCAAUCCAACUAUGAAGAAAAAAUCUCAAAGACGGUCAACCUUAUGUCUGUCAGUCACAUAAUUGAAGAGAAAGGUGUUAAAAUGAAGUUAACGGUCAUUGACACUCCAGGAUUUGGGGAUCAGAUCAACAAUGAAAACUGCUGGGAUCCAAUCAUUAAAUACAUUAAUGAACAGUAUGAAAAGUAUCUGAAGGAGGAGCUCAACAUUAACAGAAAAAAGAAAAUUCCAGACUCUAGAAUCCAUUGCUGCAUUUAUUUUGUGCCCCCUACAGGUCAUUGGUUGCGUCCCCUGGAUGUGGAAUUCAUGAAAAGAUUGGGGAAGAUUGUAAGCAUUGUCCCAGUGAUAGCCAAAGCUGACACAUUGACCUUGGAGGAGAGGCAGGAGUUCAAAUAUCAGAUUCGGCAAGAUCUGCAGGCUCAUGGUAUUAGAGUAUACCCUCAUAAAGAGUUUGAUGAAGAUGCAGAAGACAGAAUAUUGAAUGACAAAAUCAGGGAAAAGAUUCCAUUUGCAGUGGUAGGAACAGACAGAGAGCACCAAGUGAACGGAAAUAAAGUUCUUGGCAGAAAAACAAAGUGGGGUAUAAUUGAAGUUGAGAAUGUGGCCCACUGUGAAUUUGCCAACCUACGGGAUUUGCUGAUAAGGUCUCACCUACAGGAUUUAAAAGAUGUCACACACAACAUUCAUUAUGAGUGUUACAGGGUGAGGAGGUUAAACGAAAGCAAUAUGAACCUGCAAACUGGACUUUCAUCUGUGAAUGGUGUGAUGGGUAAAAAUGAUAGUGAAAGCAACCUGUAAAAGAGAAGAAAAGCCAACCAGUGGUCUUGACAUCAGAUAACAAUUCUGCCUUCGAAAAGCUUACCCCACUCCCCAGCCAUAUAGUCUGUUGUACACCUCAGCGGGGCUUUAUAACAAGAAAAUAUACAAAAUACAAGGACAUGUUAAGCAAAAGGAACCCUCUGAGGAAUUGUCCGCAGCCGUUACUUGUUCCUUUUUUCCUUUGCGUGAUCUGAAGCGUUUUCGUCUAGCCCUUUUUUUUUUGCCAUGAGUAAACUGAAAGGGAUUCUCUUUUUUUUUUUUUUUUGUUUUGGGCCCAAUUUGGAGGCUUAUAUGGAUGGGGGAUGGUGAGGUAAAAAUAAAACAAAAUGGGGGGGGGGGGGGGGGCUUGCUUCUGCAUGGCUGAGCAUCAGCUUGUAAAGGUUCACAGCAGACUGCCUGCUAAACACAGUUGUCAAGUAAGGCCCUGCCAGCCCUUCUCCUUUGUGUUGUGUAUAUAUGUGGCGUAAAGACCGCCCUUACAAAACCACACUCUGCCCGCUACUAAAAGCCAUGACAGAAUUAGGGAGACCUCACCACUGAUCAAGUAGAAUAGCUGCAAAUAAGCGACUUUCUAAAUGGGGGGGGGGAUUACAGGAUUUUAGGAGGCUUUCUACGAGGGUGCAGAAGGUGUCAGCUGUGGAUGAGGCUGCCUGAGGGGCUGGAAGAAGGGGGAAGGAAGGCCCCUCUGACUGAACGAUGCUCAGGGCCGACUCUUCUCCAGGGACUGAAACAGUAUUUUAGAAAUGUGCCAUAGCAAUAAGGAUGUAACAAAGCAAUAAUUUUAGAUGCUACCCAUUUGCCAAAUGCCCUGGUCUGAGGGAACAUUAAAAAACACAUUUGAUUUUUUUUUUUUUUGUCUGCCAGUUUUUCCAAGUAUCGCUAAUUGCUAACUGAAUGUAUCAGUUGUCAGUUGUUGUCGUUGCUCUCAGUACCUUCUUGACGCCGUAUUCCCAUUCGAUUGCAGAGCACAUAUGGAGGCACUCCUGCCAGUGACGAGAAGGGUGCGAGAGACUCCAGGGCCACUGGGCCGCACGUGAGGGCUGUAAUGGGAGUUGCCACUGGCCCGGCCUGCAUGUGUGCACGUCACUCCUCUGCCUCAUUGUUAGGUUAGUUAGUGUUCAUCCACAUCACUUGGCAUCUUUUCAGCUCCGAGCGACAAAAACGCGUUAAACGUUCUGAAGCUGACUGGAUGGCAGUGGAUUUCAGGAGAGCCCAAGGUCUUUAAUUAUUGUACAGAAUGUUUUCUUCUCUUUGUUUCUUUUGUACUGAACUAACAGCUUAAAUGUGACUAUUUCUUAUUUGUUUGUGUUUUUUAAUAUUCAUAUGAAAUGGAAAGUGUGAUUAAAAGUACCAUUCUAUA